GAAAACAAAUAUAAAAUGCAAGUUAUCUUCUUCCAAUAUGUGUAUCAUUCUCUUUAUUGUAUGUUUUAUUCAGUUCUGGAUUUCAAUGACCCCUUCAGUACUGAAGUUAAGCCAAGAAUCCUACUCAUGGGACUGAGAAGAAGUGGGAAAUCAUCAAUUCAGAAAGUUGUUUUUCACAAAAUGUCACCAAAUGAAACCCUUUUCUUGGAGAGCACUAAUAAGAUCUGCAGAGAAGAAGUUUCCAACAGCUCCUUUGUUAACUUUCAGAUAUGGGACUUUCCUGGGCAAAUUGACUUUUUUGACCCUACAUUUGACUAUGAGAUGAUUUUCAGAGGCACCGGAGCAUUGAUAUUUGUUAUUGAUUCUCAGGAUGAUUAUAUGGAAGCACUGGCUAGGCUGCAUCUCACUGUGACCAGAGCAUAUAAAGUGAAUCCAGACAUCAACUUUGAGAUAUUUAUUCAUAAAGUGGAUGGUCUGUCUGAUGAUCACAAGAUCGAAACCCAAAGAGAUAUUCACCAGAGGACAAACGAUGACCUUGCAGAUGCUGGAUUGGAGAAAAUUCACCUCAGCUUUUAUCUGACAAGUAUAUACGAUCAUUCUAUAUUUGAAGCCUUCAGCAAAGUGGUGCAGAAACUGAUUCCACAACUCCCAACACUGGAAAACCUACUUAACAUCUUUAUCUCAAAUUCUGGGAUUGAGAAAGCCUUUUUAUUUGAUGUAGUCAGUAAAAUUUACAUUGCGACAGACAGUACUCCAGUGGAUAUGCAAACUUACGAGCUGUGUUGCGACAUGAUAGAUGUUGUUAUUGAUAUUUCUUGUAUCUAUGGGCUCAAAGAUGACGGUGCAGGAACGCCUUAUGACAAAGAGUCAACGGCAAUCAUAAAAUUAAAUAAUACAACUGUUCUUUAUUUAAAGGAAGUGACAAAAUUCCUUGCUCUUGUUUGCUUUGUUAGAGAAGAAAGCUUUGAGAGAAAAGGAUUAAUAGACUACAAUUUCCAUUGUUUUCGCAAGGCCAUACAUGAAGUAUUUGAAGUAAGAAUGAAAGUAGUAAAAUCGCGAAAACACCAGAAUCAGAUGCAAAAAAUCAAAAGAGCCACACCUAAUGGAACACCAAGAGUGCCACUGUAACUAAAGUCCUGCUAGUAUUGUUGACAACAAAACAUUUCUGCAUCUUGUUGCACUGAUUGAAGUGGAAGAGAAGUGGGACUGAUACAACACAUGGAUUCUUCCCUAAUUCCUCCCAACCCUCAAAGCACUGUUUUGAACAUUUUUAUCCAAUCUGUUUUUCAUAUUUACAGUGAGCACUUUGAACAAAAUAUUGUAUAUAAACACUGAGGUGAACACAUGUUGUAGUAAUUUUCUUAAUAAAUGCUGUAAACUUUUUCCAUGCCAUAUUAAGCAUAAUCAGCUAUGGUGGACUUUGUAUUGGGUACAUAAUUUGCACUUUUUUCUUCAUGGAGAUGAAUUUUGAUAAACUUUUUAUGCCGAUUUUCAUGCAUGGUGUCAGGUAAAAUGUAUGCUGUAGUUUAUUUACAUGCUGCAAUCAAAUUUAUUAGUAAACAAUCAAGAAAAUGUGGUACAGUGACUUUUAAAAGAUUUGAUGGCAUUCGUACAAAUUUAACUUCAUAUAUUUUAUAAUUUCUAAACUGAAGUGUUGUUUUUUUCAAAUGUAUGAUAGCAAUAAAAAUGUUAUCAAUGAUCAUAAUUGGUAAAUAAACACUAGUUUUGUAAAACCAGACCUUUGACUAAAUAUUACCCAGACUUCU